CGUAUCAACACGAAUACACACAAUUCACCUUCUUCCCAUACACACACCAUGCACACGUAUGCCCAUGCGUACAGACAUGCGCGCAUGGAUGCAGAGACCAUGAAUCAUGCAACGAUUACUUGCGCCUCUGUCCCAGUCAGGCCCCUCCCGCCUUUUUGCCCCUUGCUCCAUUGCUGUUGCUGCUGGGUGUAGUGUGUCCUUUGGCAAUAAUGCUGACGCAUCCACAACUCAAGCAGUGUCAUGUCGAGCGCAUCGCCGGCGACCGGACGGAAGUGGUAUGCAAAGUGCCGCCGCACCUUGAAGAGGUGCCUCUGCUUGGCCACGAUUUCCUCCCUGGUGGUGCGCUGCAAAAUCGCCGCCGUCUCGUUGGCGCGCUCCUCAGGGAUGAACACGGCCAGCAUCGUCCAAUCCCACACACAACCUGUUUACAUACAUCACACAUGCAUACGGCUUGGUAUUGACCUUGGUAUUGACACGGCUGGCAUUAACUAAUGUAUCAAUGUGCUUUCAUUCAUCUAGAGCGACCUUGUGGGAGCCAGUAGUAGUCGGCAAUGACAACGGGGAUGCACGUGUACCAGAUGGCCUCAAUGAUGCGUGGGCUGACCACACGCGAGCCGCGCGGGCAGAGGCAGAAGGUUGAGGACGAGAGGUACCUCGUGUAGUCGGAGGGGUCCACAUGAGACGUGUAGAUGGCCGUCGGUGCCGAUACACCUGACAGACACAACCACACGCGAGCCCCGGUCAAUCAAUGGGUGGAUGGGUGUUUUCCUUCCCUCCAUCCGUCCUACAUGCCUUUGAAUGAGUCGAGGACUGCCGGUCUGACGAUCUCGCCCCUCUUGCCCUUGCCAGCGUUGCCCGCGAAGAAGGCCAGAUAUUGCCGGGGGCCCAGAAGGCCGCGCGCAGACGAGUGACCCUCAUCCACCUAAUGACAGACAGAUGCAUUGCAUCCAAUCCAUGGGUGUAGAUAUGCGAGGGACAGACACUGAGUGAUCCAAACACCAACCCACGGCCGUGCGGACUGAGGGCUGCUCACGUCAGGAUUGAGGUUUCUGCCGAUCCUGAGUGCCUGCUCCGCCCUGGCAGCGUGACCACAGGGCACGAUGGACACGUCAACACGCGGAUCGUAACUGCAUGAACAGAUGGAUGGAUGAGUGGUGAUCCGUCUCCAUUCGUUGCCCUUCCUCGAGCAUUCACCUACCCGUAGGGCUUCCUUAUCUUGACUUUUCUUGCUUUGAGAAAGGCCUGGCCCUCCCCGCCGCCCUCAGUGGGCUCAAACAUCUACACAUCACAGACAGACACGUCACACAACACAUGUCUGGCAAUGAAUUGCCAAUGAAUGAAUGAGUCUCGUGCGUACGUACCUUGUACCAUUCGUUAGGGUUGGGGUUGGUCGUCAUGGUGGUGGCGUUGACCACGAGGCUCUCUCCGCCCCACGAGCUGUACUCGGCCUUGCCGCCGUCGUGGCUUAUCACCCAAAAGUGACCUCGGCCAUACUGCCUAUAAUGCAAAUCCAGCCAUGUGUGAGGGACUGGCACAGCCCCUCUCUGAUCUCUCGGGGCAUUGAUUCGUCAGUAUUUGCCUUAGCUCAGUUACUUGUCGUAGUAGGGCCACUUGCGCCUGACGUAUUCGACGGUCUCCUUGACCUGAUGCGCAGCCAACUUGCCACCUGCAGACACCAGCGACAUUCGGUGGGUGAGUGAGAUAGGCUAUCUUUGUGUUUGCGAUGCAUUAUGUAUGUCGCCUACCGGCAGCCCUCUCGCCGCCUGCCAGUUCGGCCGCCAGGGUCUUGUUGACGUACUUGCGGCCGUAGAAGUUGGCCGUCGUGGGAAAUACUGGAAGCUGAUACGCAUUCGCCAGAUCGGAGUCCGUCACCCGCAGAGGCGACCCGCUGAUCUGAGUCCAGAAGACAGAUUCUGCACGACAAGCAACACCACACAAUUAACAUGCGUAAAGCCACGGUAUAUAUUCACAUGACUGACCGACUAGAUAAGCGGAGUUGCGUGCUUUGGCCACGGUGUCGCGCGAGAAGGUGGGCGGCACCUCGACAAAUGGUGGUGGGGGGUACUGGAAGAUCCGGAGGCCGCCCUGCUCGAUGGGGCGGUGCAUGGCGGCCAGCAGCCCGUCGAUGGCCCUCUUGUACUUGUCGACCGUUCCCUUGUUGUCAUUCGAACCGUACUUGGCCGUACUCGACACGAAGUCCGGCAGACCUGACACACAUGACACAUGACAGACCGAUGCAUGGACAGAUCCCCAAUCGUUCAUUCAUUCACUCACCGGCUUGGUCGAUGACGGGAUUGGCCAUGCAGUGGCAUAUCUUGAGGUCAAUCUCCAGCGGCACUCCGUCCACAAGAGCAGACGACGGAAACCAUAACCGCCCAUCCUCGCCUUUCGCCUCUCCGUUCGCAUGAGUGGCGUGUACAUCUCUGUCGGGCUUCCUGCGCGGUGCCGAGGGCGCCUCGCGUGCGAGGUUGUUUCUGAGUAUGACGUAGAUGUUGAAUGCGAACCAGGAGAUGAAGAGUGUGGCGAAGAUGGCGGCGAUGAAAAAGCGGUGGAGCGGCUUCGCUGUGCUCAAGCCGGGGCGCUGAGGAUGAAUGCGAUGCAUCCCGCGUGUUUGUGUUCGGCCCGUUGUUGUCUU